AUGGCUCCACGGAGAAGGCUCGUUCAUAACGCCUCAUCAUCACAACAAGCAACAUCUUCAUCGCAACAAUCUUCACUGUCAUCAUCGCAACGAUAUGUAAGGCCAACACAAGAAGAACCCGAAGAGGAAGAAGAAGAAGAAGAGGACUAUGAAGAAGAAGAAACCAGCACUCAAGCUCGGAAACGAAAAGGAGCAACAUCUUCACGUGGUGGAGGAAGAAAAAAGAAAAAAGCUGAUGAAGAUGGUGAAUAUGGGGGUUCUUCAAAAGUUAACGAUUUCGGAGGAACCUCCGAUGACGAAAUUGAACAACUUCUUGGUAAUUUAAUGAGAUUUUGUUUAUUUAAAGAUACCAACAAAUUGCCAAUUAAGAGAGAAGAUAUUAUGGCUACUGUUCUUGGAGAAAGGUACAAAAAACGAAAAGGUCUUCUCGAUCAUUUGAUUACGCUUGCGCAAGAAAGAUUUUUGAAAAUUUUCGGAUUUGAAUUGUUGGAAAUCGAUCGACAUGAUCCAAACGCUGAUGUCACAACCAAGUCAACAGUCACUGCCACUCAAACAGCGUCACAAAAGAAACCAAAGAAAAAGUCAACUGGAAUUUGGAUGUUAAGAUUGGCUCCAGCUGACAACGGACUACCCCUGUUGAGUAUGAGCAAAAAGGAACAACGAGAGUCUAACUUUAAGAGUAUCCAAAACAAGAGAGAAGAGUUUGAUUCAUUUUCUGGAAUUGAGCAAGCUCAUCUAGGUUUGCUGAUGGUUAUUAUCUGUCAUAUUGAGACUAAAAAGAAUCGUCUCUCAGAAGAAGACUUGUGGAAAUAUUUGAGUAGAAUGAAUAUUCAUAAGGGAAAAUCACACCCAGUGUUUGGCCUUCCUGAAAAGGUCAUUCAACAAUUUGAAAAGCAAUUUUAUUUGGAGAAAAACAAGAACGAGCAAGCAAUGAAAACACGUGAAUCGAGCAAUAUUUUGUACAUUUACCAACGAGGAUCUAGGUUGAGAAAAGAAUUAUUGACCAGCGAACAAAUCUUGCAUUUUAUGGCAGACUUGACAGGAACGACGCUCGAUCCAACCACAGAGCGUGAAUUCCUCAAUGCCCACGGUAAUGACGAUGAGGACGAAGAGAUAGAAGAAGCCGAAGAGGAACAUGUGGCACCAACACCUACGCCUCCACAACCUCAACAAGCUCAAUCUAGGCUAAUCAACAAUAGACGCUAA